AACGCUGGAUUGAAAAUUCAAGGAUAGAAGUCUCAAGAAACGUACUACUUGUAACUAGAGACAGUUGUUCAACUAGAAAUGGUACUUCACGGUGUCCAAGUAUUUUGAAUAUUCGGGAGGAAGGUUAAAUUCCCAUUGGAAAAUAAAGAUUAUUCGUGGUCUAAUCAAAAACACUACUUUACAUUAAAAUUUUUCAUACAGAAUAAAAAGUUUCAUUCUACAAUAACUUUUAAAAGAAACUUUUUAGCAGAAAGAAGCUAAAAGUAACGAAAUCAAAUUAAGAGUCACAUUUUCCGCUAAAUUUUUUGAAAAAUGGAUCUUAAACUUUCUAUAUGUUACCAUGAAUUUGUCACAAAACUAAAAAUUCCGGAACAAGAUCGGGAUCCUAAAUAUUCAUAUAAAAGUAACAAUAAAAAUUAAAAAUCAAGCAAUGUCCGAUUAAAAGGGAUCUUUUCUACUGAAUCUUCGUUAAUUCUCGUAUUCUGAAUUUCAACGAAACUAAAGAGGAGGGAAGACAUCGACUCGGAGUUAACUUUGGAAGAUCGUUACGUCGAUUCUUCACUAAGUUAUUAUUAAGGAUCGAAGAAAACGGCCGGAUGCACAAACGAUUAAUUCUCGGCCCAGUGAAGAUCCAGGGAUGCAGCAAAAACCAACGGUGCAUACUUAAAGGACGCCGUUGAAGAGGACGAACUGUUAAAGAGACUUCGACGUAGCCUUGUCGAUCUCUUUCGCAGUAUAAUAAUAAUAUCAACGUACUUCGAUUAAGCACAACAAAAAAUUAGCAAUUCGACUAUCUACGAUAAUCUUAUCGAGGUUCCACGUUGAUCAAACAAAGGCGCUCUUCGAUGAAAUCCUACCUUUGAAUGUUAUAUAAGGAAGAUAGUGUAUCGGAGAUAGAAUUUUUUUGAAACUUUCGUCGAAGGAGGAUGCAAGGAUUUGAGAAGAAAAUUGUCGAUUAAGCACCGGCUUGGUGUCUCUGGGACUCGCAGCACGGUCCGAAGAGCCCGUAAAGUUUAACAAAGCGAGGGGGUUACAAUGCGAAGUGUCCUCUCACCUCGUUCUCCCGAGGACUCCGCACGUUAAAGCCUUGCAGCGCAGCUAUACCAUCGUGCUCAAUGCUAAUUAAUUCAGACGUAAGAUGAUAUGGAGUCUGAAGACGAGGUGGACGAAGAGCUGCCGGAGGUGAAACACACAGAGGUGGACCGGAAUGAUAACUUAAAGAAGUUCGAGACAAUGAAAAUUUCAACGAAACCAAUGUCCUCGAAGACGGCAGAGCGAAGCAAGUGUCACCUGGUGUGCUCGCUGAAUCCCGAGCAACUGGAACCACCCGUUGUCCCCUGCGAUGAUCCUGAUAAGACGAAGACGCAGGAAGAAUCAAAAUUACCUUUAAGCACCAGCAUUAAGACUGAUACGAAGGACAGCGAAAUUGUCCUGAAGGACAGGAUAUGCAGAAGCAAGAGGAUCACCUGCCAAGAUACGAUACACGAGUACGACGAGGACGAUAGUCUCACUAUGGAAAAAGUUGGCAGGUACCUCGAGGCGCAUCCGGACGCGGCGGAGGCCUGGUUUCGCGAGAACGCGAGCCUCGAGCUUCGUCAACGACUUCAGGGUAUGACUGUGGUUCAAACCAAAUCACCACUGAAGAACGUACACCAACAGGAGAACCUUCUGAGUCGAAGCAAACGGAACAGUGUCACCUCUGACCUGUUCCAGAGUUGGCUGGCCUCCAGUUCACCGGCGAAACGCAGUAGAAGUCCCAGCAGGACUUACACCUCGUUGGUAGGACGAAGAGAAGAGCUCAACAGGUUGGAUGAGAGCGAUUUGUUCAUGGAGUUGAUCAGGGAUGUGGCGAACGAGCUGGAUAUCAACGUUCUUUGUCAUAAGAUCCUUGUGAACGUCGGCCUGCUCACGCAUGCCGAUCGUGGAAGCCUUUUUUUGGCUAAAGGACCUCUGGAGGAUAGAUAUUUAGUUGCAAAAUUAUUCGAUGUGACGCAAGACACUGAAUUGGAGGAAGCCAUUCAACGAGCAAAGAACGAAGAGAUUAAGAUUCCUUUUGGAGUUGGAAUUGCUGGCUAUGUAGCUCAAACUAAGGAAAUCAUCAACAUCAAGGAUGCUUACAAGGAUCCAAGGUUCAAUAGUUCCAUCGAUAUGAGAACGGGUUACAAGACAACGUUAAUUUUAUCUAUGCCUAUCUGCAAUUACGAGGGAGACGUGAUUGGUGUUGCACAGAUUAUAAACAAGACUAAUGGUAGUAACGAGUUUACCGAUAGAGACGUGGAGGUGUUCCAAAGGUACCUAACAUUUUGCGGAAUCGGAAUACAAAACGCACAGCUUUUCGAGUUAUCGGUGCAAGAGUACCGAAGAAAUCAAAUUCUGCUGAAUCUUGCUAGAAACAUAUUCGAAGAACAGAACAAUCUGGAAUGUUUGGUCACGAAAAUAAUGACCGAAGCGAAGGAACUUCUAAAAUGUGAAAGAUGUGCCGUGUAUCUUCUAGAUCUUGACUGCGGCGAGGCAGGACACCUCGAAAAGAUCGUCGAACGACCGGGAAAGUCGACGCAAGAAUGCCGGAAACCGCUGUCGAGGAGAGAGAGUAACAACAUCGAGAUGGAGGAUAUUUUCCAACAACAUGCAUUGAACGAUGCAAAUAAAUUUACUACGAUCUUCGAGAUGGACAACGAGACUCAGGAAGCUAAAGUCUACAGACCUAGCGGAAGCGAUCUAUCGAAUCCUCUGGGUCAGAUCGCAAGAUACGUCGCUGCUACUGGUCAGAUCUUGAAUAUUGGAGACGUGACCACGUGGUUGAAGAAGGACGUUGUUCAAGCUGGUAGUGGACCCAUCAAGAGUAUCCUUUGUAUGCCAAUAGUUAAUGGACAGAGAACUGUGAUUGGCGUUGCUCAAUUAAUCAACAAGGACAACGGAACAUCCUUCACGGACUCGGACGUAUCGAUCUUCGAGGCGUUCGCCAUUUUCUGCGGCCUUGGAAUCCACAAUACCCAAAUGUACGAGUCAGCUUGUAAGCUGAUGGCUAAGCAGAAAGUAGCUCUUGAAUGUCUCAGCUACCAUGCGACAGCCAGCAACGACGACACAUUGAAAUUAACUUCUGAAACGAUACCGUCCGCGGAAUGCUAUAAUUUGUACAGUUUCACUUUCAUUGACUUCGAUUUGACCGACGAAGAUACCUGUAGAGCUACAAUUAGAAUGUUCAAGCAAUGCGACCUCAUCCAAAAAUUUCAUAUCCCCUACGAGGUUCUCUGCAGAUGGGUUCUCAGUGUCAAGAAAAAUUAUAGACCAGUCAAGUACCAUAAUUGGAGGCAUGCGCUAAACGUCGCCCAGACGAUGUUCGCCAUGCUGAAAACCGGCAAGAUGGAACAGUUCAUGACAGACCUUGAAAUUCUUGGACUCCUAGUCGCUUGUUUGUGUCACGACUUAGACCAUCGAGGAACCAAUAACGCGUUUCAAAUGAAGACAGAAUCGCCAUUGGCUAUUCUCUAUUCAACAAGUACUAUGGAACAUCAUCAUUUCGAUCAAUGUGUCAUGAUCCUGAAUUCGGAUAGCAAUAACAUCUUUCAGAGCCUGUCUAUGGAAGAUUAUAGGAAGGUGAUGAAGGUGGUUGAAAGUGCGAUACUUUCUACUGAUUUGGCUGUUUAUUUUAAGAAGAAAAAUAGAUUCAUGGAGCUGAUCGACGAGGGAGAAUUCGAUUGGCAGAGUGAGGAGAAGAAAGAACUGCUGUGUGGAAUGAUGAUGACGGCGUGCGACGUGAGCGCCAUAGCAAAGCCUUGGGAAGUACAACACCGCGUAGCCAAGCUAGUCGCCGAUGAAUUCUUCGACCAGGGUGAUCUAGAACGUCUUCAGUUAAAUCAACAACCAGUGGCCAUGAUGGAUCGUGAAAGAAAGGACGAACUUCCCCAAAUGCAAGUUGGUUUCAUCGACGUGAUAUGUCUGCCUUUAUACAAGGUCCUCUCGGACACUUUUCCAUGGAUCAUGCCUCUCUAUGAAGGCACCAUGGAAAAUAGGCAACACUGGCAAGACCUGGCUGAAAAGGUCGAGAUGGGUUUGACCUGGAUUGAUCGUGACACCAUCGACGAGCCUGUAGAAGAAUUCAUUUCUUACGAACCCAAAGACAUAGAGUUCACUGUUACGACCUUGAACUGUGCUCACGUAGACAGAAAAGAAGUUGCGGAAAAAUCCACGUUAGGAAGAUUCGCUUCUUUAAGAAAAGGAGGUCGAACAUUAACCAAAGGUGUCAGACAUCGAAUCAGUAGGUCACUUUAUGCUAGAAGCACUCCUGAAGAUGCUGCAAGAUCGAAAGCUUUGAUACCUGACAGAAAGAGUCGGAACAAAUUAUGUUUGCUCAUUUGACGGCUUACGUCCACCACUCUUGAGAGCAUACCGGAAUGAUGAAAGAAAAAUAGGAAGAUUUUAUGAAGAAUUUCAAAUUUUCUUAAGAUUAGCUUUGGUGGACGUUGCUAGUGUCUACCGGCUAAUUUAUACUAGCUUGCAACUAGUUAUUUACGAAGAAAUAAAGAUUACCUUGAGCUCUUGAUGUUCAUAGAAGAUUUUGAAGAAUCAUGGUAAUCGAGAUUGUUAAUAGAAUUAUGGAGAUAACAGAAGACUAAUGGAGAGUAAUUCAUUGAGAAUGAAGAACUAAACUCUAGAGAAUAUAACGACUGUGUGUAUAGUGGAACAAGAAAGAAAAGUUCAUAGAAGGUUUUGGAAAAUUGUAGUAAUCGAAACUGUUAACAGAACGACGAAAUCAUUCGUUAAUAAUGGACGACUGUAAAAAUGAAACUUCUAAAUGACUGUAUAGCGAAGAUACGAAGCAAUGAAUGCCUUGAAAAAUCAAAAACUAUCAAAGUAACAUGGAACUGAGAUUUCCUUGAACGAAGAAAAUAUUUAAGAUCACAGAGUCAAAGCUGAAAACGGGAGCUUGCAGAUUUCAUUCCAAGACUGUCGAGUCUUUAGAUGGGAAGUUAGACGAAUAGUCGAUGGCUAGGUAGUUAGACUGGUGAUGAGUUAGGCAACCUUCAUCGACUUUUACCAUUCAGAAAAAGAAACGUGAUGUAGUCGACGAUGGUACGAAUUCAAUUUUGACAAUCUUUUUUGUAUUACAUCUCGAUACCUUAUUAGGAUAAUUCCAGAGAUAUAGAAUCGAUGAAAAAUGGAAGAAUGGAUCUCGCGAUUUAUAAAAUAGAAAAGAAAAGAAUAGUUGGAAGAUGGGCAUUUUUAUAUAUCAAUGGAAAGGAGACGAAAAAUACAGAAGAAAUAAUGAGAAAUAUGUACCCAAAUGAUAGGCAUUUUUAUAUUCCAAAGAAACUGGGGGAAAAUAGAGAAAAUUGUAAAAGAAAAAAUGAAAGCAACAGAAAAUGUUGGAGUCUCGAUGCAUUCUCGGCACAUUGCAUUUCGAUUCCACGCGUUUCUAAGAUAGCGCCGAGAAUCAGUCAGCGAUAAAGAUAUGUACAAGGCAAAUUGAUGCUUACGAAUCGAAUUAACGAUUCAAUUACGUCAUUCAGCCACACCAAAAAUUGCGUCUAUGACGCAGGAAAUAAAUACGCGAUCUCGCAUUCUGCAAUUCAAGGAUGUGACUCGCAAUCUUAUUUUUGUAUUUUUCUCUUUUUUUCUUCUUCUUCCUUUACACAUAUCUUUCCUGGUGUCAAUAACUUGUCAUUAAUCCAAGUAUCUUUCCUAUUUUCUGUUGUUUUAAUUAAUAUUCAGAGGAUGAUAAGCCAGGAAAAAGCUCAAAAAGAAUUCGAUGAGUCUUUUAUUUCAUUAAACUAUUAAGUAUCUACGAUUGAAUCGUAUGAAAUCCUUGUCACAGGUGGUGUUAUGCAAAAUAGAUAUUUUCUUGAUGAAACAAAAAGACACAAGCGUGAUACAAACCUGGCCGAUCCGUGCUAAUAGUACGUACAAGUAUCGAUUAAUUAUUCAGGAUCGUUCGAGUGCGGUGUUAAAAGAAAAAAAAAAAAAAAAAAAAAAAGCAAAUAUGUGAAUACAGCGACAAGAGUGAGACUGGUUUCUAGUCUUUUGAUAUAGCCACUGUGUACGAACAUGCCUGUCAGAGACUAUCGCACACGACUAAAUAAAAUCUGAAUGUGCUCAAA